GAGCUUUGACGUAACUUGAAAUUGAUCGUGGGCAAGGGUUUUUGUAAGAUGUUAUAAAUAGCAGAGAACCACUGAGUAAACAGAACACUCUCACCACAUCGAUCCACCAUGGCAAAAGCAAGUAAGAUUCCAGUGACCUAUGAUUGGGAUGUCUAUUUGAAAGAAUCGGGUGCAACAUGUGCUCCAGCAGAAUGUUUCAAACAGGCUCCGAUACCACCACCAAACGAGUUUGGACUGUGGAUGAAACUUGAAGCCCUCGAUCCUCGCAACGUGACCUCGACCUGCAUCGCAACCAUAGUCGGUCUCAUCGGGCCACGGUUGAGACUGCGACUGGAUGGAAGCGACAACAAGAAUGACUUCUGGAGGUUGGUGGACUCGUCUGACAUCAGGCCGAUUGGCCAUUGUGAGAAAAAUGGUGGCAUGCUCCAACCUCCUCUUGGUUUCAGAAUGAAUGCCUCUUCUUGGCCAAUGUUUCUAUUAAGAACACUCAACAAUGCCAGCAUUGCACCGACACAAGCAUUUAAACCAGAACCACCCGAUCCCAAGGGCAACGAGUUCAAAGUGGGCAUGAAGCUGGAGGCCGUAGACCGUAAGAAUCCCCACCUCAUCUGCCCCGCCACGGUGGGGCAGGUCAAGGACAACACCAUCUUUGUCCAGUUUGACGGUUGGAGGGGCGCCUUUGAUUACUGGUGUGAAAUCAACUCGAGGGAUAUCUUUCCUGUAGGAUGGUGUAAAGCUACGGGGCACUACCUGCAGCCGCCAGGUAAAACAGGAGCCAGUACCAAAGUGAGAAGAGUGAGCAGCUCAUCAACAUCAUCAUCUCAAAUGUCACCUGGAGGGGGUGCCCUGUCAACGAAAGUGGAGCCUGACACAAGUUGCUUGCCAUCAGCUGAACCAGUGGAAGAGCCUACAGUGCUGGUACAUCUGAACAGUUCCUGCGUGAGCGGCCCCUACCUGAGCCCGCAUAAGCUCUGGCAGAUGCCGUGUCAGGUCGGACCUACCACUAUCAGUUCUGCUCUCAGGGAGAUACUGCAGCUAUGUGUUGACUGCGCCGUACAGCAAAGACUUGUUCUUACCUUCCUAGAAGAGGCCGAUGACGGCAAUGUCACGGUUAAUGGUACAUACGGUGGAGAGAGCCAUUCAGCAACCAUCCAGGCCCCAGACGACACACCAGAGUUCUGGGCCAUGUUACACAGGUUAUGUGAGAACCUUCUGUGCUGUGAGAACUUCUUCAGCGAUAAAUCGUUACAGGGUCCCUGCCCAAAGUGUGCAAAGCAAGCUUCUGAUGACAGAGGGCCUGUGAAUAGUGGAGCUAGUAACAUGAGACCAGGGGGAGGGGGCCUGAAGAGGAGUAUAUCAGAUGCAUCAACAAAUUCAGAAAGAGAAACAAAGCCAUCUAGUCAUAAGAUACAGAGGAGAAUAACGACAGAGGCUGCAAGUUCAACUACUGAAAGUAGAUUAGAACAGACAAGAAUACCACCGACAAGGAUAGCACCUUCUGCUGGCAGUGACCCUAACGACUGGACGAUAGAGGAGGUCAUAGCAUGUGUAGUCAAUAUGGACCCAAGUAUGGGAGUACAUGCUGGGUUGUUUAGACAACACGAAAUUGAUGGCAAUGCAUUCCUUCUUCUGAAUAGUGACAUGAUGAUGAAAUACAUGGGAAUGAAGCUGGGUCCUGCUCUCAAGCUGUGUAAUAUCAUAGACAAACUCAAGAAAUAGAAAUGGCGGUAAGAUGCACCGUACCCUUGUGGGAGUGCUAUUGAUGAAAGAGGCACACAAAGUGACGGGUCGAUGAAAUGAUUAAAGAGAGAGAUGGAAGUAGAUGAAGUCACUUUUUAUGAUGGUAUUUAUGAUUGAUUCGCAAGGUCUGUAUAUUGCAUAUAUAUAUGUCUCUUCAUACACUUUCAAAGGCACAAAUCUUCCAAAGAGCUUUUUCACAACCUCCUUCAUGAUAUUGACUUUGUAUGUCUACAUUGUCACUGUCAAGCUGAGGAAAAGGAGUUUUACUACCGAAUAUCUGAACUGAAUAGGGAUAUGAUAAUGAAAUACAUGUGACAAGUAUACAGGUCCUUCCUCAAGGAGGUGGUACGUAAUGUACAAGCUGAAGAAAUAAACUAGGCGGUAAGAUGUAUCCUUGUGUAAUUGCAAAGGGAGAAUGGGGUGAUCUUGAGAGUCAGAGGUAUACAGCUACAACUGUCUAAAAUGGCCAUCCAAGGGAUAUUGAGAACAAGGGUCACUCUAGAAAACUGUCCUCUCUCUCAAUUGGUGCUACAAUAUGUUUUAGUCUCUGAAAGGUAUCAUUUUUUCUUGUUAGAGUGAAUUCGGAGAAAGGAAUACCUCAAGAAGUGGUAAAAAAAGAAGUUGAAUGAUAUGCAAGAAAUGAGAGGAUUAAACAGUAAGGCUUCAAACCAAAAUUUUUAUGGUAGCUUCUGAGCAACAUUUUGAAUUUAGAUGCCGAAUCAAAGUUAAGAACCAAAUUUCUUGAAUCACUAAUAAUAUUGAUGUUGUAUACCUGUUUGUUUUUAAGUAUGGAAAUGCUUUAUACAGAGUGGAUGAGGACACUUUCAAGAAAAACCUCGAUACAUAUCACUAUCUGAAUCAUUAUCAUCUUGAUAUUUAUACAACAAAUUGACUUUCUGCCAAUCAGAUUGAAAAAUUGCACUAGCUUAUAACAAUUUUUUAUUAUUAUUGAUGACAAAUUUUACAAUUACUGAACCCUGGUAAAGAUAACUGAAAUAGAAAGCCAUUUAUAGAUGUAUACAAUAUUCCAAGGAUAGUUCAGAGAUGUACAGUAUAGCUUCAUGCACAUAUUUUUUUUCCUGUUGUGCCAAUGGCGGUUUGUGUACAGCCAAAAAGUGUAUGUGUAUUUGUCUAAGAGUACAUGAACAGCCUAAUUAUCAUUCCCUCGUAGAUUUUAUGUAAUGUUUAAGUUUUUUGUUCUAUCGCUUCAUGACAGAUUGAGUGACAAAAUACAAAAGUCUAAACUACCCUCGGCUGCAUAUUUCAUAAGAAGUCCUAGGAGCCAAUUGGCAAAGUUUUUCAUAUGUUAAGUACGAAUGUUGGCGUUUUCUAUUGCUAAAAUAAAUAUGAAUUGUUCAAAAUUUUUCCUACUUAUCGUAAUGAGAGUGAACUUUCUUUAAUUCCCAUCAAUUUUGACAAUAACAUUUUCAUCAAAAUAAUUUUUGAUAAGAAUUUCAAUCUUAAACAAAGAAAGGGUCAUCAGUUUGUGUACAGUGGUGCGUACUUGUCAAACAUUAUGAAAUGACACCCUACUCGGCAUGUUAUACCCAUUCAAUUUUCCACAUUUUCAAAGCCUUAAUGUGAAAUGUUAUCUGUGGGAAAGGGGGGCCCCGUCUUACAAAGAGUUACAAUUGAUCCAAUCAAUCGUAACUCUAUGGAAAUCCACCAGGGUCAUGAUUUUUUCUACAGAAAAUUCGCACAAUGUCUUUUGGAGAGAAACACAGUGAAUUAUCAAGAAAAAGAAAAAUGCAUGAAUUUACAUCAUAGCUAGAAAGUAUUUAGAAACAAACAUGCAUAAUAGAUGUUGACGUUGUUGGCCGUCCAUAGUUGCGAUUGAUCAGAACAAUCGCAAGUCUUUGUAAGACGGGGCCCUGGUCACUAGCAAAAUAUACAACCUUUGUUGAGCUAACUCUUAACCAAAGAUACAUUUUUUCCUUAUCAAAAUCCAAUAUAUUAAAUGGGAUAAACAAACUUUAAUGUAAAGAAAACAUUUUUUUCUCAACUCAGCUCUUUACAUUAUGAAAAACCUUAGACUAUUCAAUCUAAAUUGCAUUGUAUUGUUUGUUUUGUGGUGGAGGGUCUGAUACAUGUAUAUAUUCUUGAUGAUAAAUGGUUGUAUUUCAGUACUGAGAAUGCAAAAAGGUGCAUUCGAUAAUAGUCAUAGCAUAGGCGUAAUUUCUCUAAAAUUACACUAUUCUUGAUAACCUUAUGACUUGCCAGAGGCUUUCCUGACAAAGCAAUGAAUACUGUAUGUAUACUAAGAGUAGAGAAGUCCAUUUGAUAAUGUUCAGAUUAAUUGAACUCUCUUGAUGCCAGGGCCUAUAACCCAAAUCUUGUUGAUUGGUUGAACAGCAUAUAAUUUUGAUUGAUUUUAAUUGAUAAUUGUGUGCAAUCAUUACAUAAUCAAUUUGUAUGAUCAAUCGCAAAACAUUGUGUUCCAGGGCCAAUGUCUAUAAGACAAUACACAAUUUUGAAGUAAAAAAAUGCUUGUUUUAAAGCAAAUUUUUUUAUUUAUUUUUUUUAUUUUUUAUUAAUUAUGUUUUAUUGUAAACAUAAAUUUUUGUUUAAGAGGUUUUGUUGUUGGGCACAAUUAACCUGACCAAAAAGAUCUGAUACAUGCGAGUGUAAUAAUGUUAUUUGACCACAUUUUGUUCUUGGACAAAGAUUAUCUCUAUACUUGAAUGACUGAAUCAAACCACCAGACUGGACUCCUCGCUGAAACAAUAUAGUCAUAUUUUUCAAGAUUGUGGGUAGGUUUGUGUGUUUAAGUAUUAUUGAAAGCAAAUUGUAUUUUCUCAGAUGUUUAUUUAAGAAAACUGUUAUUUAAGAAAACCGAACCAAGGGAGAGGAUACACCAUGUAUUUCCAAAGUUUGAGAACACAAAACACAAUGUGAAAUUGAAUAUCUGUAAAUUUGGAAUAUAAAAGGCAGCUGAUAAUGUAUCAUUGUGUAUACAUGUAUGUUUUAUUCUGUACAGUAUUAUGUGAAUGUAAUCAUUGAGUUAUUGUAUAUAUGUAUGAACAAUUCACCUUUAAAAGGUGAAAUGAAAUUUGCCAGACUUCAUGUCUAUAAAUUAAAUGUUAAGCAUUAUGUAAUACCAUUCACACUUACCAUAUUAGGUACAUUCUUCAUUUAAAUUGGGUUAUUUAUAUUUAUUGCCUUUUGCAGCCAACAGAUUUAUUAUUGAAAAGGACUUUUAAUAGAUCAAGUUUGACAUACAUGCCCUAUUAGAACACAUGAAAAUGAUUUCAUGGAAAAAUUGAAUAGAAUGGCAUAUUUUCACAAGAUGAUGAACUUACAGACUUAGGCAGUUCUGCGAUGUGCUGCUCUAAGAAGAAUUCAGAAGCAUUAUUUUUUGUUGUUCAUGUCAUCCUUUUUUAAGGACCAAAUAUUCUUUUUUUGGGUAUUAUUUUGCUGAAAUGGAGUUGAUUGUAACACUCAAGAUCCCUAAUCCUUUGUUCUUUUUUUUUAAACAAUUUAUGAAUAGAUUUGUAGAUAAUCCUGUGCAAGAUAAACCAGAUUCUCUGGUGUUGUGGGCAUUGUUUCUUCAUUUUUGACAUUUGUUAAUGUACAUUACAUGGGCGUAAAUCCGUGAUGUCAUUCUAUUCAAGUAGGGGGGAUGGAAGAAUAGAUCAUCCCCCCUGAACAAUAGGUGUGACGCAAGGAUUUACGCCAGUGGUACAUUAGAACCGCUAGGAGAUCAAAAUUUUCUCAGGUACUUACUUUUAUAGAAAUGUUGACAAUAUACUUCUUACAACUGGACUGCUUGGAGUUCAAAAUCUGUUUUCAUAUUAUAUUAAAAAAAGGGGUAUGAAUCAUACAUUUGUCAUGCCACUCACAAGAGACAAAUUAAUAGAAUACAUAUAUAGGUUGAUCAAACUAUUUAGGAGUUCCUUUUUCAUUAUCAUUGUUACUAUUAACAAGUGUUGAAUUACUAUGACUUUGUAAUGUAAAAAUGGCUUGGACGGGAGAGCUUUCAGAUUUAUGAGGUCUUUUGCAGGAAUUUCUCCCGAGAUCUUUGGGAUUUUGCUGUAUGAAGGCAAACUGCAAGAACUUUUGAUGUGAGGAAAGAAGAUAUGUAUCAUAAGUCGUCAGGUUGAUGGCUCAUAAUACAGGAAACUUAUUUGGUUCAGGUGGAUGCGAACACACAAAACAAGUUAUCAGGUAUACCUUUUUGAGGAUUGAAUUAGUCCAGAUUGGACCUUGAAGUAAAUGGAAGCUCUCCUUCCCAAAGGUAACAUAGACAGCGUCUGACUCCCAAACCCUUACUCAGUGGCCUUGAUGUGGUUGGCAGAUGAGUGGAUUGGCACUCGGUUAGGAAGUCAUGCCCUCUAUGAAAGAGCUUCUAUACGUCAAGGUCCAAUUUGGGGAGCGCUUAAUGAAAGUACUUGUCAGACGUUUUAUCUGACAAGUCCCAUUUUAUCAGACAGUUUCCAUAGUAUCAAUUCUUCUCAGCCAAUCAAAAUCAAGGAAAUUUUUUAGAUCUGACAACUUGUUGUCCACGAAAAUGUUGAUGAAUUGCUACAAGGAUUGAAUAUGUUCUUAGCUUUACAGACGGUUUUGUGAAUGAGUGGGUAUGCAAGCGCCUAUAGCAAGUGACAUGCAAUGGGGUAAAGAUUUAUAUAGUGGAUAACUGUCUCCAAGUUCAAAGGUUAUUUCAUGCAAGUCACAGACUGUACCAACAUAUUCAUCAGGAGGGAUACAUCUUUUUUAUGUAAUAAAUGUACUCUUUCAAUCAAAACAUUCCUUAUGUAUGAUGUUUCACCAAACUUCACUUCCAAAUGAACUUGUAUUCAGACAUCUCGUACAUGAAGCUUGCGACUGGUCGAUUGGAUUAGAAUUGUUUCAAAUAGCCUUGUUUCACUGUCAAAGUUUGAAAUGUCAAUAUCUGUGUAAGUUAUAUAAAGAUGUUUGAAGGUUUGCAUGGUGGUAUGAACAAUUGCGGAAGUGGAUUAUGGUGCACCAUGUGUUAAGUCCUGGAAGGACUGAGAUGAAAAGUGAAUAAAGAUAGAAGUGAAAU